UGGCGAUCACCAGGGAAACAUCUUUAUGUUUGAUUUGUCAAAAAACAGGUUUUCUCUUGUUCAGAAAUGUGGGUCCCCUUGUACAGCUAUUGGAUUCUGUUUGAGGAAAAAGUCAGAAUUUCUGAUAGGACUUUCAGAUUACUCACUGAAAUGCUUUGACACAGAUACAAGAGAGAUGGUUGCGUGGAUGAAGGGUCAUGAGUCUGCUAUACACAGUAUAUCAGUGCACGCAUCAGGUAGAUAUGCCCUCACUACGUCCUCAGAUACUGCACAGUUAUGGGAUCUGGACACAUUCCAGAGGAAAAGAAAACUGUCAAUCAAAGAAGAUGUUGGAAUAGUGCAGGUUUUUUUCCUGCCUUUGAGUAAUACAAUAAUCACUGGAUUCCGAGACGAUACAAUAUUUGCGUGGGAAUCGGACACUCUCACCUGUAAGUUCCAGCUACCUACACCACCUGGAAAGUAAACCACACUAAAAAAGUUUUUUGCCCCCACAAGAGAUGGUAGAAUAUUGGCAGCAGGGGGUAGAUCUAGAUUUAUACAUCUAUGGGCAUUAGAUACUAGAAAGUUACUGAGGAUUGUUGAAAUGCCAGAAAAAGUGACAUCAGUGAAACAAGUCUUCUUUUUACCCGAAAACUUUGAUGGUGGUGCAAGUCAGAUUUUAGGCGUUUUGUGUCAAGAUGGCAUCGCAAGAUUUAUCAACAUUCAUUCUUGUAAACUGUUGUUUGACAUGGGAGAAAUAUCGAACAAGAUUAACAACAUUUCUGUGAGUCCAAAUGGUCGUUAUGUUGUCACAGUGAAUGAAGACGGAACCAUGGGAAUAUAUAACCUCCAGACAUUGAGUGCGGAAAUCAACAAGCCACCUGCCCCACUGGUUAAAGUUGUCACUAACAACAAAAUGUCUGAUGCAGCCUCCGUUGAUAAAUCAUACUCAUCUGUGUCAAGUAAGGGCUCAAAAAAAGGUCGACGCCCACUAUCUGCCCCAGCCAGAGGAAAAGAAAACAGACGAAGGUUGCAGGAGGAUGACACUUGUGAAACAGAGUUACCUGAGGGACUUAACAUGGACAGGUUACAGGCUAUAUUGAAAGGAUACUAUGAAUAUCCUGCCAAAUACAGGAUGUUUAUUUGGCGUUCAGUUUUACGAUUACCAGAAAACCAUGCUGCGUAUGCUGCCCUUGUUGAUAAAGGAACACAUCCAGCUUUUGAGAAGCUAAGUGAAGAAUAUCCAAUAAAAAGUAGACGACUGCUACGAAUACUUCAAAGAAUAUUAUCAGCAUUGGCUAACUGGUCACCAAUAUUUGGAGAGACACAGUAUCUACCAGUACUGGCGUUCCCAUUUGUUAAACUGUUCCAGAAUAACCAUCUUGUCUGUUUUGAGAUUAUUGCCAGUAUACUAGUGAAUUACUCACAGCACUGGUUUGAGUAUUUCCCUAACCCACCUAUCAACAUACUGGGUAUGAUAGAAAAUGUGAUAGGCCAUCAUGAUAGAUAUCUACUACAACAUUUUGUCAAAUACAAUGUCACCUCUCAGAUCUAUGCCUGGCCUCUGUUGGAGACGUUGUUUUCUGAGGUUUUGACAAGGGAAGAAUGGAUGAUGCUGUUUGACAACGUGUUUAGUAACCACCCGUCAUUUCUUCUGAUGGUUGUAGCAGCCUAUGCCAUGUGUGCCAGGGGUCCACUCAUGCAAUGUGUCGAACUGGAUGACUUCAGAUAUUUCUUUCACCACCGUAAUGCUGUAGAUUUGAAACAAGUAUUAAAGGAGGCAUAUAGAAUAAUGGAUGCCACACCCGAGUCAAUCCACCCCAGCAAAACCCUAGAAGAUUUCAAACCCCUGACCAAGGGACAGUACCCUGUAUUUAACAAAUAUCCCAAGUUUAUAGUGGAUUAUCAGGUACAAGAAAGGGAGAGAAUCCGACUUGAAGAGUUAGAUUAUCUUAGACAAAGACAAGUUUCUAUGGAUAUGGAACGUGAGACACAGAAACGUCAACAAGAGGAAGAAGCCUGGUACCGUCAACAGAAUCUUCUCCUCGAGGCCGAGGAUAAACGUCGUAAAAUGAUCCACGAUGAAGAACAGAAACUAACAGAUCAAAGAAAACGAUUAAAUGCCAUGAACCGUGAGGUGAAGUUUAAGGAGUUACAGUUGUUGGAUGCUGCACGAAGAAAGUUCCUACACUUCCAGAAAUCACAAAGAGAAUCAGAACUGAAGAGGUUAGAUGAUGAAGUCCAGAGAAAGGCAUUAUUACGUGACCAGGAGACGGAGGCUGCCAUUGAAGAGGCUGAAAUACGAAACAUGGAGUUACAACUGAAGAAAAAAAUGUUUGAACAGGAAUUGUUUCGAGAGUAUGCCACAUCGUCACAUCAUCUACGUACAGAACAAGAUAUGCAUCGUAAACAAGCUGAGUUAGAAGAUAGAAUACAGCAGAGAUUGAAAGACGCAGAGCGUGAGAGAGAAAUGGAGGCUCGCAAGACUAUGGAGGAGAACCUGGCACGGGCAUCACAGAAGAACAUUGAUGUGUGGGCAGGAAAUGAAGUAGAGUAUAGACAUAGGCUGGAAGAUCUUCAAAGGGAGGUCAAAACUGUACAAUUGGGUAGAAAGAAUGCAGAGAAUCGAGGGUUAGAACAGGAGGUUCAUAACUUGAUGAGGAAAUGCCAAGAUAAACGAUUAGAUGACCAUGCUGAAGGGGAGGAAGAGCGGCAGACCCAGCGUAAACUAGCUGACCAGGCUAAUGCACGCAGGCUCGAUUUUGUUGCCCAGGAUGCGGAACUAGGUCAAGCUCACGGCAGGGACCUGACAGAAGAUGCUAUAGAUAGUACUUACAGAUCAAGAUUAGGGCAGUCAUAUCUAGAUGGUACAACGAGAUCGGAGUUGUUAAAAUCUUUUGAAUCUUUGUCUACAGCAGAUACAGACUCUAUGGCCUCUUCUAUUUCCUUGGAGACAAAGAGACGAGGUUUUGAUGAGCGAGAAAUUAGUUUAUUAAAUGAAGUUAGAAGAUUACGCCAAAAGUUAGCAACUGAAGGUCGCACCAGAAAGCCACCUCCCCUCGUUAGCUGUGAUGCUUAGUGAAUAUAUGAAAUAAUUUAGUGUAUAGAUCAACAAAGAUAAUAUGACAGUUGUGUAUAGAUAGACUUGGAUAACAUGGCUGUCAUGUAUAAUAUAAAGUUGGACACAAUUAUUGGUAAACUUUGAGUGUUGCAUUUAUGGAUAGCCUGUGUAGGUUAUAUCGAUAAAAUGACAGUCUUGAAUGUAUACAUAUUGCUGCAAGAUUUUGUGUAUUUUGAAGUUUUUGCGAAACUUUCCAGGCCUGGUACAAGAUAUUCAGAAAUUGCUGAAAAUUCUGUACCCAGCUCUCAGUGAUUUUUAUUUAAACAUAUGAAAUGAAUAUACAUGUAUGUAAUCAGUCUAUCCACUGCCACCUUAUGUUUAUAAGUUUAUGAAAAAUUAAUUUUGUAUUUCAUUUAAAGAUUUGCACAUGCUUGUAUGUGCUAAGGGAUCAUUAGAUAGUCGUGAAUUAAAUGUAUUGAUGAACCAUUACAUUAUUGUAUUAGAAAGAUUUCAACUCAACUUGAAUGUGAUUAGCCUUGUCCGUCAGUAUUUCUGCAUUUUGUUACUGAAAUCCCUCAAACAUGAAAUGGAAUGUCCCAAAAUUAAAACUGGGCAAAUCCAUUAAACAAAUUGAGCAGGUGAAGGUUUCAGGUGUUUUGGUAAAACUGAUAUUUGUACAUAAAUCCUACGAUAUAUCUGUGAUAAAUAAUUAUGUGUCUGAUUGAAACAUUUGUCUUAUUUUUGCAAUUCUUGCAAUAAAAUGUUAACUGCACCAUGCUGAUGUGUAUUGUGAAUUUAUGUCUAUAGGGUGAUUAUAUACGGAUUUGCAGGUUCUUUAAAUUAAUUUUCUCAGUCGUGCCAUUCAACAUUUUUGCCUGGAGCAUAAUUUGAAAAAACAAUCAAAGGUUUUAACUUGUAAUUUGAAAUAAAGGGGCAACAAAUUUUGCAUAGGACCUAAAGGAUUUCCUUUUCACAUGCAAGAUUCAUGGCACAGUUUUCUUGAUUUGACAUGAUUUGCAGAUUUUUUUUAUGUAAAUACUAUGUGUUAUUUAUACUGUAUAUGGUGUAAAGGCAUUUACUCAUAGAGAUUUAUUUCUAGAUAUAAAUUUAUAUCUCAAAUGCUAGAAAAGUAAAAACUUUUUGAAUAAAAAAAAAUGUAAAAGUA